AUGUCCGCAAUUGAAAGUCAACUCUCUCAAGGCGCGGUCCCCCACGCGAUCUCCAAUGUCUGCCCCCUCGGCACCAAAUUCCACCUUUUAGAGGUGGGCUGGCUCGAAUGCGACAAGGGCUUCGUCGUCCGCGGCGGCAACACCAGCCUCAAAUCCACCGAGCACGCCUCCUUCGUCAACGAGCGCUGCGAGAUGCCCAUGUACUGCGUGCUGAUCGAUCACCCGCACGAAGGCUUAAUCCUCUGGGAAACGGGCAGUGGAAAAGACUACCCCGAGGUCUGGGGCCCGGUGGUGGCCGAUAUCUUCGCCCGCGUGCGCUACGAACCGCGCCACGAGUUGCGGGCUGCGGUCGAGGCCACGGGCAAUCGGAUUGAGGAUGUGCGGAAGAUCAUUAUCGGCCAUCUGCAUCUGGAUCAUGCGGGAGGGCUCGAUGAAUUCUUCGAUCGUACGGAUGUUGAGAUCUGGGUGCAUGAGAGGGAGUUGACGAAUGCGUUUUGGUCGGUCGCGACUGGGGCCGAUAGUGGAGUGUAUCUGGAGCAUUAUUUGAAGUUGUCUUUGAAUUGGAAGACGUUCAACGACCAAACGCUCGACUUCUGUCAGGGCAUCACUCUCCAUCAUCUGCCCGGGCACACCGACGGAUUGAUUGGAAUGCAGGUCAAUAUGCUGAACACUGGCACGUUUUUCUUCAUCAGUGAUCAUUGCCAUGUUAUUGAGAAUUGGCGCGAUGGGAUCCCUCAGGGCUGGCUGGCGCGGGAUCAUCCCUCCUGGUUCCGAAGCACUCAGCGGCUGAAGCAUCUGCAGCGCAUUACCAAGGGGCAAGUGAUCCCAGGCCAUGAUAAGGGGAUCUUCCUGGAGUUGCAGAAGCAGGCAGAUGUGUUUACUUGA